GGUGCGCAUUCCGCUCUUCCUUCUGCCACUCUCUCGUUUGUUUUUCAAUCCGGCGUUAUUCUCUGACGAAGGUGUUGAGCAUGAGAGGAGCAAAGUAUCCGCUCGCUUCUCCUUGCAUUCGUUGUGCUGCUGAGGUUUGUUCUAGUUAGUUACUCGGGGGAAAGAAGGACAGUAGCGAAGGGGGAAUGGGCCAGCGAAUGAGCAGCGACAACCAAAAUGUGAAAAGGACGAAGGCGAAGAAGGGCUCCACCGCUCGUGAGAACGUGUACGUGCUGCCGCAAGAGGAAGAGCUUUUAGGCAGAUGCUGGCUGCUUGCGGCCUCUGCCGACGCGCUCAGCCCUAGUCGGUGGUUCGCCCUGUCGCCGAGAGGCACACAAGGGGCCCGCUCGCCGGAUCGACGCGCCUUUUCCAUCUCGCCCCACGUGCUCUCGUCCAGCGAGCGAGUGCGCCAGCCUGUGCUACGCGACUUGGGCGUCAACAUUCACAGAGGACUCACCGUGUGCGGGUACCAGAACCUCACCGUCGCCUCCGUCGACGCGCCGGCCGCACAGCGGAAGAAGUCGAUGCGGGUGGGCGGCGUGCACAUCGAUCUCCCACCGCUGCCGGCGACGAGCGAGGACGGCGCGGUGGGGAGCAGCCGCUACGUUCUCAUCGCGAUGCGGCGUGUCUCUGUCGAGGCGGAGCUGCGCGACUACGCGACGGCGGCGUACACACGCUACGAGGUGCAGGCGCCGCCGGCGAACGAUGCGGAGCGGCGGUGCUACGGCGAAGGGUGCCUUACAGGAGUUCUGUACGGCGCUGUCGUGGUGUUGCACGUGGCGAGCAGCAUGAACGCCGUCGCACGACUCGUGCAGCUUUGCGAAACGGCGGCUCGAAGUGUGGGUGUCCCGCCGUCUGCGUUGCAGGUGCAGGAGGAGGCGUCAUUUGUUGUAAAAGCGGCGAUGGACAGCGCGACUCAGGCGCGAGAGGAAUCAGCUGCCGCGACGGCGGGGUCGUCGCCAGAUCGUCCUUCGUAUGUGCACUUACAAAGUGUCAUCUGUGGAGAUGCCGCCGCAAGUCGUUUAGGCGAUGGGUUGAAACGACCUCCGUCCGACAAGACAGGGGAGGCUUUGCCGGAAGAGGAAACGCUGCGGUUUGUGGCGGAGUGGGCAGUGCAGGUCCAUCAGACCCCCUCCGCGUGGAGGCCGAUAAACGCUUUUUUGCAGCGGUACGAGGCGAUUGCGGACAGUCUCUUGUUGAAAUCGAAGAAGAACUGA